AUGAAGUUCUCUACUAUUGCCCUUUCAAUCAUGGCUGCUGUUGCCAUUGCUGCUCCCAUUGCGCAGGAGCCUGCUGCUGAGGUCCCUGUCGCCCCUGAGGCGCCUGCGGCUCCCAACAUGGACGACCUCCCCAAGCAGCUCCAGGGUCUUCAGGGUGUUCUUCAGAAUGUCCUCUUCACCAACGAUAACGAGCAGUUCUUCAUUGUCGAGGACGACGACGGCACUCGAUCUUUGCUCAUUGUCGACACUACUCUGAUCGGAUCAGAGGGUCUUGCCAAGCGAGAGGCCAACCCUGAGGCUUGGCGAUGGUUCUGGCUGCCUGGCUACGGUGAGCCCAACUGGAAGCGCGAUGCUAUGCCCGCUGACGUCGAUAAGGAGAAGCGUGAGGCCAACCCUGAGGCUUGGCGAUGGUUCUGGCUGCCUGGCUACGGUGAGCCCAACUGGAAGCGCGAUGCUAUGCCCGCUGACGUCGAUAAGGAGAAGCGUGAGGCCAACCCUGAGGCUUGGCGAUGGUUCUGGCUGCCUGGUUACGGUGAGCCCAACUGGUAA